AUGACCUUAUUUGUGGAACUUUCGGAACUACUCAGGUCAAUCUGUGUUUGCUUUCAUGAAACUAUAAAUGAGAUAAGCAGUGAAUCACAUCAUGUCUUGUCAUCGUAUCCGGUGCUUUUUAGGUCAAAUGAGGAGGAUACGAGAAGUUUGACAUCUCGAAAAAGUGGCUCCAGCGGAAGUCCGAAGGGACAUGAGCAGAGCCUGGCAGAAGAUGAUGAAGAGGACCUUUGGAAAGUAUGGGGUGAUGUGAUUAGCAAAUGGGAAGUCAAGGUCAAAGAGAAUCCCACUUCUAUUAAGACAUUAGUUAAACGCGGUAUUCCACAGCAUUUCCGCACUAUUGCUUGGCAACUAUUAUCAAAUGCAUCAGUUUCUUCAAUCCAUGAAGUCUACGCGGAUUAUAUGCGACAGUCAUCUGUCUAUGAAAAAGUUAUACAACGAGAUAUUUCAAGGACUUACCCUGAAGAAGAAUUUUUUAAAGAUGGUGGACGGGGACAGGCAUCGCUUUUUAACGUUAUCAAGGCCUACUCCAUACAUGAUCAAGAAGUCGGGUACUGCCAAGGAAGUGCUUUCAUCGUAGGCUUGCUUCUGAUGCAAAUGCCAGAAGAAGAGGCUUUUGCUGUUCUGGUUCGCUUAAUGGAGAACUAUCGUCUUCGCGAACUUUAUAAGCCAGCUAUGACAGAUCUUGGCUUAUGCAUGUUUCAGCUUGAAUGUCUUGUUCAAGAACAGAUGCCAGACCUUCAUAGCCAUUUCAACAAUAUGGGAUUUGACACUUCCAUGUAUGCCUCAUCAUGGUUCCUCACCCUAUUUACCACCAGUCUACCCGUCAGAAUAGCAAAUCGUAUCAUGGAUUGUUUCCUUAUUGAGGGAUUAGAGUUUAUAUUCCGUGUCGCGAUGUCAAUUCUUCAGCAAGCUCGUUUCGAACUGCUUCGGCUAGACAUGGAGGGCAUGCUCAAGUAUUUUCAACGAGAUAUUCGCGAACGUUUCGAAAACGAUGCAGAUUUACUUAUUGCUGUUGCGAACAAGGUUCAUCUGAAUGCGAGGAGGAUGAGAAAACCAGAUUUAUUCUCUUUGUACUAA